AUGACUCACUUUUUGUGGCUGUGGAACUUCACCUGGAGCUUCAUCUGUAGCUACCACAUGUUUAGAGUGUUCACAUCGGAGACCAGACAACUAACCACUCAGCAGGCGUUGCCAGGAAUUACAAGAAAAACUAUGUUUUCAUUGUGUCUGCCAAUGCUGAUUGUCAUCACGACAAUACUCUCUACCUACUUCCUGUCUGAUGGCCGGGACAUAGGGUAUGGCCUCAAUAGCUGCUACUUAAAUACAACAUAUCUCGUUGGCGUUACUGUCAUUGGUCCACUUUCAGCCAUUAGUGUCUGUAACGUUGUGUUUUACAUAAUUACCGUCCACAAGAUUCAUCAAGUCCGCAGACUUCAAUCUUCCUACCUGCACGAUAGACAAGAAACCCAAUGGCAAGUCUACGCCAGGCUCUCCUCUGUGACUGGAAGCUUCUGGCUUGUGGCAAUCCUUGCUUCUGCUUUGGAAAACACUGUUCUUGAUUUGGAAACUGAAAAGAGGAAUUGUAGUAAAAGAACAACUAAUAUUAGCAUUUUUGACAGGUUUAUUCAUAUCGUGCUGAAUGGACUUCAAGGUGUGGCUAUCUUCAUUUCAUUCAUUUGUAACAGAAGAGUAUGGUCUCUCUACCGUGAAGCUUUCAAACAGAAACAGGAUACUUCAUCCAAUCAGAUCUCAUGAGCUAAAUCCACAGGAUACCUUUUUAAAUCAGAUAUCAUGAACUAAACCCAAAAUGCCUCAGAUUAUGACGACCUAAUUUGAUAAAAAGCCUCGU